AUGGAAGAUUUGAAGGACGUUUAUAUUUCGCCUUUGCCGGAUUCUCCAUACGUAAAGCCUUUUAGGUUUAAUUAUACUCAAAAUGGCAAAGAGAAGACGUGGGAUCUUCUAGAAGUACAUGACAGCGUUGCUAUAGUCGUUUUCAAUGUCACCAGAAAGGUUAUGGUUUUCGUCAAACAAUUCCGUCCAGCCAUAUACUAUAAUUGCAUCCAUCCUGAUGACCGCAAAGAAGAAGUUAUUGACACUACGAAGUACCCAGCAUCCCUGGGUAUUGCUUUAGAGAUGUGCGCUGGUAUCAUCGAUAAAAACAAGCCAGUCGAGCAUAUUGCGAAGGAAGAAGUUCUUGAAGAAUGUGGAUAUGAUGUUCCUAUUGAGAGAUUGCAAAAAAUUACUUCCUACAGGUCUGGUGUUGGUGUCCAAGGUGCUUUACAGACAUUUUUUUACUGUGAAGUAACGGAUGAUAUGAAAACAGAACAAGGUGGCGGAGUAGAUGAUGAAAUAAUAGAAGUGAUUGAAAAAACUAUCCCCGAGAUAGAAGAAAUGGUUAAGUCUCCCGGACCGAUAGCAAGUCCGCCGAGUUGUUUGUUUGCCCUUAUGUGGUUCUUACACUAUAAGGCAGACAAAUUCAAAAAAUCUUUUGCACCGUAUUGUAAGGAAUGUAAGAUUAACAAUAAUUCCAACAUGAUUAUGUAA